GGAUAAACUCAAGGUUGGUGUACAGUUCGAAAACGAACCAAGUUUUUCGACAUUUUUGACGUUCAUUUUACAAUGUUCUACUGUGUCUACUUGACCAGCAUAUGUGAUACAUCCCGAAUUUAACAACGUAGCGAGGAAUAUGUCGGCCACCGUUGAAAUCAACGCUUUGUCGGCGGGCUCUGGAGGCAUAAAAUAUGAAGUCAACUCGAAUAUUGUUCCGGACCUUUCGGCAGCGGGUGACUGUAGCGCGGGCACGCCCGGGAAGUACCGCCCACUUCGGGCCCAACAACCACCACCGUGCACCGCCGCCGGUGAUCCACCACCCUGCGAGCGACAAACACUGGAAAUCGCCGAUCCGAAUGCAAAUGAGAAAACUGAUAAUGACUAUGACACCAAACAAGAGGUUGCUGUGAUUGACCUCGGCGAAGAAAACUCAGGAAAUGUGCAAGUGGAAAGAGAUGAUUUGCUGAAAAAUGGAAACAGUGUUGAAUUUGCUGAUGAUGGCACCCAGUCACGCAAUAAAGACUCACAGUCACAGCCCGGAAGUCCUGUAUGCCAGGAUGCAAGUAAUGAUGUAAACUCGGACAAAGGUCAUGUUUCUUCAGAGCUUGAUGGGGUCGAUGAAAGGCUUGAAGCACCGGGCCUCACCAUGGAGGUUCUUGAGACCUCUGCAUCUGAAAUUAACGAACAGGAACACUCGGAGAACAAUUCAUCUCCACAAGAUGAAGAACAGGAAGAAGUCGGAGCUUUGAAACAGAAAUCAAAGAAAAGGGGAGGCAUCUUGCAGGCUGUCCAGCUCCAUCUGCCCAAGUUUGGCAAGAGGGGGCACAUUGGCUCCAAAGGGAGAGAGGGUUCGGCUUCCAGUGGCCCAGAAAGCUCCCCAGAGAAACAUUCCAGGAAGAACAAGAAACGAGACAAGCACGGGAAGCAAGCGGAGGAUGAGGAUGGGGAUGUUGCCAUGGCAAAUGGUGAUCACGACAACGAAGGUGCAAAAAUAGAGGAGGGUUGCCAGACCCCGGACUUCGAACAGGACAAGAGCGACUUAGUGGAAGGAGAUCCAGAGAAGAUGUCAGGAUCAAGCCAAGAUGAGAACAGGAAUGUUGCCAUAGCAACUGAUGAUACUGUUGCGGGAUGUCCUGUGGAAGACCAAGAUGAUCAAAUGGAUGAAGGGGCCGAAGAUGAUACAAGCAAGCACCAGGGACACGUGGCCACACCGGAACCUGAGGAGCUGGUUUCUGGCAACAUUGAUGCGGUUGCCAAGGUUACUGAGAAGAAUGAAGAGGAUGGAGUGGCUGAGCAUGGAGACACAGAGGAGAUUGCCACUGGUCCCACAGACAAUGAGCCAUCCUCCAUCCCGAAUUCCUCUCUGGCGUCUGGCGAUGAUUUCUACACCCUCCCGCAGAGCAGCCUGGGCUCAAGCACGGAACCGUACAGCAGCGAGAUGUCCGAAGGUGGAUGCGAGGACUCCUCCACAACUAAACAGGACGACAGCAGCACUCUGGGAGGCGGGGAGGACAGUAGCGUGCUCGCAGAGGCCAGCACCAAGUCGUUGGGAGACACCGAGGAGAGUCUGUUCAAAGUUGACGGGGACUCUGUGAAGACUGACACAUCCCUGCAAAAGCCAGACGUGAUUCCCGAUGACGAAGUCGUGGACUCUGAACCGCUACCGGAGACUUCCGUCCCAUCCAGCGCAAACCAGUCCAGCUUUGACACCGACAGCCCGAGCCUCACCGGCACCCCCGAGCAGUCGCCAAAGAAGAAAUCAAAACGGCGGGUGCCCAUCCUGAAUGUCCCCCUGCCGUCCUUCGGCAAAAAGCAUCAUCGGUCGGCAAAGUCCCCCGAGCAGUCCUCUGAUUCCGACAGGUCCAGCUCCCCAAGCAAGAAGUUCUCCUGGAAGAGGAAGAGCCCCAGGAAAGCUGUUGCUGUUUCUCCCACAGCUGCAGGCAGUGGAUCUACUGAAGAAGAAAUGCCGAAACAAGCAGACUCAGGACCAAUUGAGAAAACGGAAGCAGAGGCACUUGAAGAGAAACACCACUCAGCAAACGUAGAAACUGACCUUAAUGUGGAUGUUUCUGCAGAUAUCCCGGCUGACCUAUCAGUGGCUGGUGACUAUCCAGAAAGGAGAGAAGAAGCAUUAGCAUCUACAGAGAAAGAGAAGGAAGGAGAAGUGUCUCAUGAUGAAAAUGAAGAUGCAGGGCAAGAACAUAACUUUCCUGAGAAUAAGGAGGUUGAUGACCUGCAGGAUUCUGGAUCCGAGAAAGAAGACACAAGCGCAGCUCUCAAUGAAGUUUCAGGAAGAGGAGGGGAUGCCGUAGAAGAAGAGUUUGAGUACCAAGAGCAACCCCGGGAGAAUGAAUCACAACAUGAGAUGGAAGUCUCUGUAAGCUUCAAUGCGGAGGCCUUUUCAAUGCCUCCCAGCAUGCAGGAGCAAAGCCGUUGUGAGAGCGAGGAGAUUGCCAGUGAUGGAAGAGAAGAGGCAGAGGAUGCACUGGAGGAUGAUUUGCAGAAGGAUGCUGAGAAGACACCCGUUCCUGAAGAUGACACCAUUGAUGCUGAGGAUGAUGAGGCUCAUGAGAUGGCUCCUGGCUUUAAACUUGAAGGAAAAAUUCAUAUGUCGGCCAGCCUAGAAGUCCACGCAUCACCCACUCAUCAUGUAUCUUCCCCAGCUGAUUUCAUCUACACCAAUAAGUCUGUGGAGACGGGAGAAGAUGAAGAAGUGGCCGAUGUUGAGACUCCAGAUGUACCUCAAGGAGGGGUCAAUGGGGAGCUAACGGCAGCCGAAAAGAUCCUGGCCGAAUGCAACCAGCUGGUGGCAGAUGAUUCUGUUGGGGAUGUCCAGUUCACCCCGGACAUGCUGAGUGAGUUCACCAAUACCAUCAAUGCUUUUGAGGACAAAGAGGAGAGGGAAGAUUUUGGAAAAGGAGGGGAUGAAGAAAAGGAAGGAGAUGAAAAGGUCGAAGAAGGAGAGACAGAAGGAUUGGAGAUGAAUCAUGGAGAGGAGGAGGAGGCUUUGAAUGUAGAGGGCGAAAAUAGCUUUGGAGUGCACAUUGAGGCAGGCAUGAGUGGUCCAGCAUUCACCAAUGUUGCCGAAUCUGUUCCUGUAGAUGUGGGAUGUCAGAUGACCUGGGAAGAUGAAGUAGGUGAAGACAAAGUUGAUCAAGACGGAGUUGCUGGGGUGCAUGGAAGCAAUGAGAUCUUAUUUGGUCUGAGCCGUGAACUGGAAGUAUCAGAGGAUGCAGACAACAGGAGUGUCUCAUCAUCUACAUCUUCAUCAUCAUCAUCAGGAAGCAGUACUAAGGGAGCAUCUGGGGAGAUCUUUGUUGCCGGGAUUUCUUUGAAAGAAGAUGAGACUACAGCAGAUAUCAAGAUCCUUGACUCAGCCUCUCCAGAUGUGGCUGAGGUUGAGGUGAGUACCAAGGCUCCCAGUUUUGAAGAGAUCAAUACAGCUCUACCGGAUCCUGAAUCAGCUCAAGUAUCAGUUGAGGCUGAGCUUCCAAAAAGCAUUAACUCCACAUUAUCUGUAGAUGUUCCCUCAUCAAGUAUUCCUGAAAUUUCACCAAGCGUCCAGGACCUCUCAUCUGAUUCUAGUCCAGGAGGAGGGGUCCAAGUUGUCAUGAAUGAAGAAGGGUCUGCAGAGCCUGAUGUGGAAGUUCCCUCCAUCACAUCACCAGACGUGAAGCAGAAAACUAAAUCAAAGGGUCUAUUCUCAGGCUUCAAUUUCCACCUGCCACGGUUAAGAGUAAGAGGAAGGCGUUCCGGUAAGUUGAACGUUGCAUCAAAGAAUGAUCGUCCCAGUGUUGACGAGGGUACAAUCAGCUUCAAUGUUGAUAAAGAGAGGGAGGCAGAUGAUGGAAUCCAGGCAGAAAAUCCCGGUAUAUCAAAGGCCUCAUCUGAAUUGGACAUAAGCAGAAGGAGAUCAUCUGGUUGCAACGAAGAGUUUGUCCUCGACAACAAGGCUCCCUCGGUUCCCGAUGUUUCUCGGCGAGAGUUGGCACUCAAGAGAUCCAAGAAGAAAUCGUUUACACUCCCAAACAUGCAUCUUCGGUUACCAAGGUUCAGCGUAAAGAAGUCUCUCAAAUCCCCAACAGCCAAUAAAGUUAGUUUGCCUAAUCCUGAGGAGGUCAACAUUGAGUGCCCAAGCGCAGAGAGCAAUCCUUCAUUAGAUGGUAACGUUGGAAUUAAGGUUGAUGUUGCUACUGUUGAGUCUUGUGAGGCUGAAGUCGCAGUUGAGGGCGAUCUAAAAGCAACCAUGCCGUCAUCUGCUCAAGAGAAAGCUGUCCUUGAAGUCCAGAUGCCAUCUCUGAACACUGCUGAGGUAGAAGCACCAGAGGCCGAAGCUAAUCCCUCUGGCUCAUCAAGCAAAGAAGGCAGCAUCAGUGUUAAUGUUUCUUGCGGCAAACCACAAGUUGAUGGACUCUUCAUCGCAGUGCCUGCUUUUGUAGAGGGCGAUUCAGAUCCUGACGAAAGUGUACCGAGUCUGGAUGGUGAAGGGGAUUUGCCCGAAGUGACCACCAAUCUGGAAACCAAUGAUGUUGAUGCCAAAUUGCAAGCUUGGGGAAUGGAUAUCAGUAUUCCGUCAGUUAGUGAUUUCCAGUCUGAUGUUGAUAUGAAACCAGGGACCAAUGCUGCAGAUAUAAAUGUUGAGGCAGAUUUUCCAGAAACACAAGUGGAAGCAUCUGUAAAAUGUGAUGUUGAUGUCACCAAACCAGCCUGUCCAGCAGUUGAUAGUGAUGAGGCAGAGUUUUCAGGUGAACCAGAAGAGUCUUUUCCACCUGAUGGUCUGGCCGAUGCAGGGACUGAUCUCUCAUGCGGUAUUGAGGGUGAUGUCCAGGUUGAUGUGGAAAAGGCAGAAAUAUUGCAUUCGCCUGUGGAUGCUGUCCUUAGUGUUGGUACACCGUGUAAUACCAAUGUAGAAGUUGAAUUACCUGAAGCUGGUGGAGUUGUUGAAGAAGCAGAUUCCCUCAAGAAGGGAAGCUCUGAAGACAUUUUUGUCAAUGAUUUGAAUGUGAAGGACUGUGGGGAUAGUGAAGUUGUGGGCGUUGAUCUGUCAACUGGACUUGCAUUGUCAGCAGGAAGUGGAGACGCUUCUUUGGAAAAUCAAGUCGAGACAGGUGAAUUGUCACUGCAGGCAGAGAGCAAGGCUUCUGAUGUAAGUGAUGGGCAAUCGAAGUCGCCAGAUCAGAUGAAUUCCCCGACCAAGCACAGAUUCAAGCUCCCCCACUUGCAUUUCUCGCUGCCAAAGUUUGGCGGAUUGCACUCUCCGACAAAGAAAUUCUCAUCCAAGAAAUCCAAGAUGGUCAUCUCUCCCAGCACCGAGGCAUGUGCUGCUGGAUGUGAAAUUCCUGAUGGUGCUGAUAAAGCGGAGAAAGUUGGUGAACCAGUUUUCAACAAUACAGCCAAAGAAGUGGAAGAAACAGUACCAGAGCCAGUUCUUGAAAGCGACCUGCAGGCAUCCUUUGUGAAGCCUGAGGUAGACAUAGGAGGAGACCUGGAAUUGAGAUUGGGGGGCUUUGAAAGAAAAGAAGAUGAACCCUUCAACAUUGUCAAAGAUGAUGUAAGAGCUAAGUUAGAUUUUGACGCUGAAGAAAUUCCACCAGAAUUCAUUAUGAAAAUCGGCAAUGCUGAUUGCAGUGUUAAUGGAAUUGAGCAGGACUGUAAUCCAUCAGGCCUGGAUGAUCUCGACGUCCGUCUGGCUGAUAUCUCUUUCGGGGCUCAAGUAAGCCCUGCUUAUCCAAAUGGAGAUGCUGAUAAGGAUGACUGUGAGUGCCAUGUCGGCACGCAAAGCCAAGAGGAUCCCAGCAGUUCCGUGGACCUGAACUGGGAAGACGAGAUGUGUUCUAGGGUGCAGGUGGAUGCACCCAAGUACAAAUUAUCGGAUAUCAAGGGUGGUCUGUCGCUGGGCGUGGUCGUUAGUGAAGAUGGGUCAGCUCACAGUGACAUCGAAGAGAAGGUGCCAGAAGAUGAGACUGAUGGGGAAGUAGCUGAUGUUGCUGAGCUGUCCGUGCCAGAGAUGCCAGAAUUGGCAGUGAAUUCUCCAGAGGAAUGUUACCCGGAGAUAACCUCAUCACCUCAGUCUGGAACCCCAGAGGUCAAUCUCUCAGUGGAUGCCACCAGCGCUCAGCGCAAGCAGAGCACCUCAUCCCAAGCCUCUGCUAAGUCCACUUCGUCUCACAAUUCCCAGACAAAUGCCAGCGAGCUCCCAAAGAAAAAGAGUGGCAUCAUAGCUUCCCUGGGCCUCCCCAAGCUUCAUUUCAAGCUCCCCUCUCCGCGGUCCAAGUCCCUGGACAGACAUGCCGCUGACUCUAGGCACCCAGAGGUGCAUCCGGAAGCUACCUCCUCUACCUUGCCGGCGGCAGGGAAAUCCACCAAGAAGCCAGGUGGGAAGAGAUCCAAGAAGGGUAGAUGGAAGCCUGGGAAGUCCUCCAGCAAGGGAAAACAAAGGACGGGAUCAGGAGGCAGCACCGAGGGAACACCCAAGCCAGCCAGUGAUGUUGGCAUCAGCGGCAACAUCAGGGGAGACUUGGAGAUGGACAUCAAUGGACAGCCAAGCUGGGAGCUGGAUCUGAAUCAACAGCCAAGCACUUCAGCAGGCCCGGUUACCAGCACCCCAGUCAGGCCGACCCUAUCCCUCAACAACAGCGCCCAGACCCCCGGCUCCACCAACAGCCUCAGCAUGGAGCAGGCCGUAGCCAUCCACAGCUCCCCAGCCACACCCCUGGCCCCCUCCGCCCCUUCCCCUCACCCCUUCAAGGUGGUCGUGGCCAUCGACUUUGGCACCACCUUCAGCGGCUACGCCUACAGCUAUCGACGGGACCCGGACGACGUGCAGAUCAUGCGCAAGUGGGAAGGCGGGGACCCCGGCGUGACCAACAUGAAGACCCCGACCACGCUGCUGCUGCAUCCUGGCGGAGAGUUCCACUCCUUCGGCUUCACGGCCAGGGAUUUCUACCACGACAUGGAUCACAGCGAAGCCCUGCGCUGGCUGUACUUUGACAAGUUCAAGUUGGCUCUUCACAAGGAUCCUAAUCUAAACCUGGAGACCGAGCUUACCGCGGCCAACGGACAGAGACUCCCUGCCAUCAAGGUCUUUGAGCACGCGCUGUGCUUCUUCCGCGGGCACGCCAUGGAGGAACUGUGCGACCAAUCCAACGACGGCCGGUUUGACCCGGGUGACAUCCGCUGGGUGCUUACCGUUCCUGCUAUCUGGAAGCAACCCGCUAAGCAGUUUAUGAGAGAAGCUGCGUACAGGGCGGGCAUAGCCUCACCCUCCUUCCCGGAGCAGCUCCUGAUUGCCUUGGAGCCGGAGGCAGCCUCCAUCUGCAUCCGGAAGCUGAGGAUGAGGGAACUGGUGCCGGAGCAUCUCUCCCAGCGCCGGAAGUGGUCCGCGGAAAAGCCGGAAAAGUCCAACAGCCAGGUGGCGGAAAACAUCAGGCAUGGUACCCGUUACAUGGUGGUAGACUGCGGGGGCGGCACCGUUGACAUCACCGUCCAUGAGGUUGAAGAGGACGGGGGAACGCUGAAGGAACUGCACAAGGCCGCAGGGGGAAUGUACGGCUCAGUCAGCGUGGACGCCGAGUUUGAGAAGCUGCUGGUGGACAUCUUUGGCAGUGACUACAUUGAAGAGUUCAAGAUCAAGAGGCCUGCGGGUUGGGUGGACCUCAUGAUUGCCUUUGAGUCCCGCAAGCGCAACGUCAACCCUUACAAGAGCAACCCGCUCAACGUGUCCCUGCCCUUCUCCUUCAUCGACUACUACAAGAAGUACACGCGGGAGACGCAAACCGUGGAGGAUGCCAUCUGGAACUACAGGAGCCGGGACGUCACAUGGUCCGCUCAAGGUAUGCUGCGUUUCAGUCCAGAGGGCAUGCAGCAACUGUUUAGGCCGGCGGUCGCAAGCAUCAUCUCCCUCGUGGAAGGACUGCUGAACGAACCUGAAUUAAAGGGGGUGUCCUACCUAUUCCUAGCGGGAGGCUUCGCCCAGUCCCCUCUGCUGCAGAACCAGAUGAGGAAAAAAUUUGCAAGCCGCUUACGGGUGAUCAUCCCCCGGGAUGUGGGACUCGCCAUUCUCAAAGGGGCGGUCAUGUUCGGGUUGGACCCCACGGCCGUCCGCGUCCGACGCUCCCGCCUGACCUACGGCGUGGGCGUCCUGAACAAGUUCGACCCCUCCAAACACCCGCGGGAGAAACACGUGGUCAAGGACGGGCUGGAGUGGUGCCGGGACGUCUUCGACACGUUUGUGCAGUCGGACCAGUCGGUGGCUGUGGGCGACAAGGUCACGCGGAGCUACACGCCGGCCAAACCCAACCAGAAGGCCAUCAUCAUCAACAUCUACUGCACGGAGAGGGACAAGGUGCAGUUCAUCACGGACGAGGGGGUCCAGAAGUGCGGCACCAUGCACAUCGACGUGUCGGACGCACCCAGCGGGGAUGACGCCCCGAGCCCAAAGAAACGGCGCGAGCUGCAACUCACCAUGCAGUACGGAGACACGGAGAUCAAGGUCAGCGCUCUAGACGUGCCGACGGGGAGGUGCGUCAAAGCAAACAUUGAUUUCCUCAGCAAGUAAUCCAAGUGCAUUGGGGUCCAUCUUGCGAGGAAACACGUUACUUAACCAGCCUCUUUCCAUUACAUUUGCUCCUCAAGUCAGAACAAGAUGUUUGCGUCCCCCUAGACAUGACCGACUGCAAGUCUUCUGCAUGUGAUGUGUUAUGAGCAGAGUACUGCAGCGCCGACACAUGCUAGUUAC